AUGGACGCCUUCCAGAGCCAGUUCUUCGAUGCCUUGACUAAUGCCCAGGACACGGAGCCUGUGGUACUGAAUGGCUGCUACUGCUGUGUUUGUAAUGCUGUAUCAGAGCCGCAUGGUCAGAGGUCGUCGUGCAGCAAGGCAUGCACAUUGUUAAUGUCAUCGUCCGCAUUCCGCUAUCAGCACUUGAUCGAGACUGCUGCUUACCCUGACCCAAAGCCAUCCGUUUAG